ACUGUAAAUUCCUAGUGGUCUAGUAAUGGAGUAAGAAACUUGCAGGCUUUCCCGCAGACACGAGUCCACAAAAUCGCGAGGGAUAGCUGUACCUAACAAAUAAGACAUCAUCCUACGCAUAGGAUUCGAGUACAUACUUACUUUCCACCAAAAUCAACGGCCAACACCCCAUUCCUUCAAUCAAUCACAGUCUCAGUCCCGAAAACGUGAACUAAGCUCCAAAGCUACAUACACUCCUCCCUCUGAAACAGCCGCAAACCACCCAAAAAAUGAACCAAAAAUCCUAAUUUUUAUUUCUUCUUUAACUCCUGUUUCUUGUUACGAAGCAUCGAAUCCUUGCCGAUUUGAAUCUAUGUAUUGUGUUUUUCUCGAGAACGAUUAAGAGUGGGCAAGCAAAUACCACUUUCUUUUUCUUUUGCGAGUUUCGUCCUUUUUUUUUGUCGGUUGAUGAAGAAGUGUCACCGAUGGCAGAGGAUUCUCAUCCUCUCUUUGCUAUCUUUCUCUGUAUUCGCUCCAAUCGUGUUGGUCUCUCAGAGACUUAAAACCCUCACUUCCUUUGGCGGGAAGGAAUUUGCGGAGGACUUGCCUAGUGUUAAUUAUAUGCGAGAUGUUUUAAGACUAAAUUCCAUUGAACAGGAAGCUGCUGAAGGACUAAAAGGUCCAAAACUAGUUGUUUUCAACGACAAAGAUAUUAGUUCUGUAGUUAGACGCAGUUCUUAUGAAGAUCGUGAUUCAGAUCAAUUCAGGAAUGCACAAGAUGAUUCUAAAUUAUUAGAAGCAAACGAAACCAAUGGGAAUGGAAAAGACGAGCAUCAAAUUCAGCAGACUAUCAUACAGAUGAACUCUAGAGAAAAGGGGCAAUUCAAUCAAGAAAAAGGUAGAGAUGAUCAGCGUUUGCAGUCUCCAUUCAAUGUUGUGGAUGAGAAGGUAAAGCAAAUGAGAGAUCAGCUCAUUACAGCAAAAGCAUACCUAAGUUUUGAACCACCAGGUAGUAACUCUCGCUUGAUGAAAGAGUUACGAGCUCGAAUCAGAGAGUUGGAACGAGUCGUUGGUGAAGUCAGCAGGGAUUCAGAUUUGCCCAUGAGUGCUUCACAGAAAAUGAGAUCUAUGGAGCUUUCUUUGGCUAAAGCAAGUCGUGUAUUCCCUGACUGCUCUGCGAUGGCUACAAAACUUCGUGCCAUGGCUUAUAAUGCUGAAGAACAGGUUCAGGUAAUGAGGAAUCAAGAGUCACAUCUCCUCCAACUUGCUGGAAGGACUACCCCUAAAGGCUUUCACUGCCUCUCUAUGCGGCUAACAGCUGAAUAUUUUUUGCUUCGACCUGAGGAAAGGCAGUUCCCUAACCAACAAAAUGUGAAUGAUCCUGACCUUUAUCACUAUGCAGUAUUGUCAGACAAUGUUCUGGCUGCUUCUGUCGUUGUUAACUCCACAAUUUCCUCUGCUAAGGAGCCUGAGAAAAUUGUUUUUCAUGUGAUGGCCGAUUCUCUCAAUCUCCCAGCAAUUUCAAUGUGGUUUUUAUUAAAUCCUCCUGGCAAAGCUACAAUUCAUGUUCAGAGCAUAGAAAAUUUUGAUUGGUUAUCCACCAAGUAUAAUUCGACAUUGAAUGAACAGAAGUCCUAUGAUCCAAGAUAUUCUUCUGCACUUAACCAUCUUCGGUUCUAUCUGCCUGACAUCUUUCCAGCCCUGAAUAAGAUUGUGCUUUUCGAUCAUGAUGUGGUAGUGCAAAGAGAUUUAACUGAAAUUUGGAGCAUUGACAUGAAAGGGAAAGUAAAUGGUGCAGUGGAGACCUGUCUGGAAAGUGAAGCCUCAUUUCGUUCGAUACGAAUGUUUAUGAACUUUUCAGACCCAUUUUUGGCAAGGAGGUUUAAUGCAAAUGUUUGCACAUGGGCAUUUGGUAUGAAUUUAUUUGAUCUACAUGAAUGGAGAAGGAAAAACUUAACCAUGCUCUAUCGAAAUUACUUGCAACUGGGGCUUAAGAGGUCAUUGUGGAAGGGAGGAAGCUUGCCCAUAGGUUGGAUUACCUUCUACAACCAGACUGUGGCUUUAGAAAAGAGAUGGCAUACCCUUGGGCUAGGUUAUAACUCAGAUGUUCCACCUGGUGAUAUCGAGAAUGCAGCAGUUAUACACUACGAUGGAGUCAUGAAACCCUGGUUGGAAACAGGAAUCGCUAAAUACAAGGGCUAUUGGAGCAAACAUUUGCUGCAUGACCACCCUUACUUACAACAGUGCAAUAUCCACGAGUGAUUGAAGUUGACAUUAUAUAAGUGGAAUUCUUUGAUUCAUACCAUUACCAGUUGCAUCUCUCGGAAACUGCCCCUAUUCAACUGAUUCAACACUUUCGUGUAAUUUUCCAAAUCGAGAUUUCCCUUUAGGUCCCGGCUAUAAUCUCUCUUUUAGGGGAUAAAGUCUAUUUAUGGGAAAUAUAACCAAAAGGACACAAGUUUCUGCAGAGAUGGUUGCUGCAUUGCAAGUAUUCAUUUGUACAUUACUGAUAUCACAUUUCCACUAGGUUGAAUUUCUUAGAUUCUUGGAAUGUUAGAGGAGCAUAUAUGAACUUUUAUUAUGGGAUGCCAUUGUUGCUAGAAUUUUCAAUUUCAGCUACGGGAUGCCGGUAGGUUCCGAGGAUGUAUCUUUUAUACGAAUUCAUUAUUUUAUUAACAGAUCAAAAGAUUAUGUAUCUUCCUUUACUUUUUUAA